AACAUUUUUAAAGGCGCCUCUGCUGAGAGUGUUCUUGGACAGACAAAACUGGCAGCACUGCAGACCCCGUUUAUGGUGUACUGGAAGAUGGGGAAGGUGAGGAGUCUCUUCUCCACCAAGGGAGAGCCUACGACCAUCAGGAAUCUGAAGAGAGGUCUAGCCAGCAUGCUCAUGGUGCAGCUUAGGGGCGGAAUGAUGCUUGAGGCUGACGUUUCCGGCAAGUGUGUCGUUGACUACAAGGUUACGAAGGGGAAUCAGGUGACCCGAAUUAAAAACCUGUACACCUGCAAAACCACAGAGACUGGCGGCUUCACCACUCACAGUCCGGUGCUGGGCGUUACCAGUCAGUCAAGCUCAGUCACCUCCAUUACUCUGGAGAAUAACUUCAUCAAGUCAGCCUUGGCUGAAGAGACGCACACCCUGUCUGUCAACGUUCGCCAUUCCAUGUCCGCACGCAUUAUGUCCAGGUGAGGAGCAUGUUUUCCUGUCAUCUGUGCUAUUUUUUUAGGAGUUUU